AUAAAUUUUUGCAAAACCAUCCAAUUUUAAUGAUAAUCCACUAAUCUCCCUUCCUUUUAUCCCUCGUAUUCUCCUGUAGUUUUGAAUAUCAUUUUGAUGACAUUUUCAUGUGCAUCUUGCCAGUAUUUUGUCUCGGUUGCCUUGCAAUAUUGGGUCAAAUCUUAUUUUCAUUGGGGAGUUGUUCCUUUCUGUAGCAUCUGUUAUGGGACACUCAUCCUUUUGCUAAUCUUUUCUCCAUCUAUUCAUACCAAACCAACAAUACUAGGAUCAUCUCAUUCAUCAAACAAACCUAUGGCUGGUACUGUAUAUUUGAGAACUAAUAGAUUUGAGGUUAAACUAGAAGGCAUUACCUUUAAAGCCAAAGAGUUUGAAUCUUUAUGCACAGUUGAUUUUCUUUUUCCGGAAGGUAAGAUUUGGGUUCGUCCGCCUGUUGUUGGCCUUGAUGUCAUGCGCCACCCUCGUGAUCCCUCCAUAAUUUUGGUUCUCUUUUGUUUCGGAGUAGGUUGUCUGAUCCUCAGGUUCCAUUCUGGAGAACAACUACCUGAUCCUGUCCUAAAAUUCCUUACUGAUGAGAGGAUCCGUUUUGUUGGUUUUGGAAUUCCAGAAAAGAAAGAUUUGUUCCCAUUUGAAGAAUUAGGCUUGACUAAAGAUAAAGUAGACAUUGGCUACCUGGCCACCAAGUAUUUCAACAAUCCCAAAUAUAAGCGGUGUGAAUUAGGAGAAUUGGCGCGCAAAGUUCUUGGGAUCAAGAGAAUGAUAGGUCUUACAGAGGCUUCAUCCUUCGAGAGACACGAGCAAAUUAAAUGCGCUAUCUGUCAACUUUUCAUAUCAACUGUGAUUGCCAUGUCAUUAUUCACUACAAAAGAUAAGAAAAAAUUGGCAGAUGCUCCAAAGAAGACCUCAUUUCUUAAGAAUCUGUCUUCUCUGCCUUUGUUGAGUGAAGGUUGGUUCAAAUUGCCUAAAGGAAAAAAGGGAGACAAGAAUCUUUCAUUGCAAAGAAGUACAGAUGUUCUUGUUCGGACAUCAUCAGAGGAAGAAGAUUAUCUUGUUGACGCUGUAAACAAACAUAAAGAAGGUACCAAUGGUAAUGACUUAAUACAAGCUAAAAUUGCAGAGUUUACCUUGUGUGACGAUUCUGCUGAUUUUUGGGGUGAUAAAGAAGACGCCAUGGUUGAUGAUCGUGUCCAAGAAAAAAGUAGUGAGUGUAAAUUAGAUGGUGUCUCUCCUCAUGUAAGUGGAGGUGAAUCCGGUUCUGGCGAGGAUCUUGUCCUAGUCGAAGUUAGUGAGCAUAAGUCAGGUGAUGAUUCUGCUUAUGCCAAGGCUAAAGAGAGUAGUGCAAAUGAUGAACCCAAGGAGGAAGCUUUAGUCAGUUUGGAAAAUGAUGAUUCCAAGAAGGAGGCAGCCUAUUUGAAAAAAAGGCCUAUAAAAGGGAUCCUGAAAUGUCCAUCUGCAGGUCUGGAAGCUUGGAAUUCACUUUCUCCUAAUCCUGAUUCCCCUGUAUCAGUGGACAAUGCAAAAAUUUCAUUGAGAAGAGCCAAUUCCAAGGGGUAUAAUGUUUGCUUUAAAGAACAGUGGCUGUGAACUGCUGGUGUAUGUAUAUUCCAUGCCCCGCUAAGUGUCCACGUUGUUUUUUUUGUUUGUGCUCCAUGUGUUAUUCUAGAGCCAUCACACUUUGUACAUUUCCAUUAGACUGGCUGUUGUAAUGUUUGUUAUAUUAUCAGACUUGUAUGUUCCACCUCAUCUCCUCGUGCUUCCACAUCCUCGUGUUUCCCUUCUCGUAUAGUCUCUAUGGUUGUGUGACUGGAAGCACUGACCGAGGUUGGAAUUCAUUACAUUGUUUCUGUUGAAUAUUGUGUGAAAUCUUACGCUGUUAGGAUACUUUCAUCUA